AAGCAACAACAACAACAACAAAACAACAAGACAACAACAACAACAAAAUCAGAAAGAGAGAAAAAGAGUCAAAGACAAAGACAGCGACAGCGACAGAGACAAAGACAAAGAAACCUCAGUGACGUCAUUAUCUCCAACAGAACCAGUGACGUCAUUAUCUCCAACAGAACCCCAAACUUCAACAACGUCGCCAUCGCCAACAGAAUCACAGGCCGACCGCCAUCACAGCCCCACCAUCUCCAACAGCGCCCCAGCCCGACCGCCACCACCCCCACCAUCGCCAACAGCGCCCCAGCCCGACCUCCACCACAGCCCCACCAUCUCCAACAGCGCCCCAGCCCGACCUCCACCACAGCCCCACCAUCGCCAACAGAGCCCAAGCCCGACCUCCACCACAGCUCCACCAUCUCCAACAGGCCCAGCCGCUCCAACACACCCCACCACGGCAACAACCCACACCGCCCGCCACCACAGCCCCACCAUCCCAACGGGCCCCCCAGCCGCCCCCCACAGCCCCCACCAUCUCACAGAAUCACGCCCGCCCGCACACGCCCCCCCAUCAAAAAAGGCCCCACCAUCUCCAACAGACACAGCCCGCCCGCCACCACAGCCCACCAUCUCCAACAACACCACAGCCCGACCGCCACCACAGCCCCACCAUCGCCAACAGCACCAAAGCCCGACCGGCACCACGGCCCACCAGCCAACACACCACAGCCCGCCGCCCCCACAGCCACCAUCCCAAACAGCACACAGCCGACGCCACACGCCACCUCUCCAACAGCACCACAGCCCACCAUCUCAACAGCACCCAGCCCGACCGCCACCACAGCCCCCCUCUCAACAGCACACAGCCCGCCGCCACCAGCCACCAUUUCCAACAGACACAGCCCGCCGUGCCACCACAGCCCAACCACUCCAGCAGGCCCCACCCCGCGCCACCACAGCCCCACCAUCUCCAGCAGCGCCCCAGCGCCGCCACCAAAAGCCCCACUCCAAGCACACAGCCGCCCCAUCACGCCCCAAUUCAAACGCACACAGCCCGCCCGCCACCACAGCCCACCAUCUCCAGCAGCGCCCAGCCCGCCCGCCAUCACAGCCCCACUUUUCCCAAACAGCACACAGCCCGCCCGCCACCACGCCCCACCACCCUCCAACAGCACCACAGCCCGCCCGCCACCACAGCCCCACCAUCUCCAACAGCACCACAGCCCGCCCGCCACCACAGCCCCACCAUUUCCAACAGCACCACAGCCCGCCCGCCACCACAGCCCCACCAUUUUCCCCGCACCACACCCCGCCGCCACCACGCCCACCAUCCCAACAGCAAACACAGGCCCCACCAAUCUCCAACAGCACACAGCCGACGCCACACGCACCACUCCAGCGCGCCCCACCCCGCCGCCCCGCCAGCAGGUGCAGCAGCGGGGGCCCCCCUCCCCCACCGCCCCCCGCCAUUAA